CUACCGAUUACAGCUGAGUGUGGAGUUGGCUUUGAGUGCACCAAACGAUGGCGCAGUGUAAGAAGAUUGCUUUUUUCAUGUUUCUUCUUGGUUUGCAGCUCAUACGCUGUGGCCCUCUCAAUAAGCGCAUCCCGAUCUGCUCGGAACCCGGAAACGAGGGUCUCAUGUUUCCUCACGAGUACGAGUGUUACCGGUACUAUCAGUGUUCGACCAACGGUGUAUAUCUAAUGCAGUGUUCGAACGGUUAUCACUUCUCGGCCACAACUCUGAGAUGUGAACCUCCGCAGGUUGCACAAUGUGAUCCUGAUAUCCCGACCGGACCAACACCAACACUACCAACCACGCCACCAAUUACAGGGCCAACGACACUAUCGACAAGUUCUUCGGAUACUACAACUCUCGGAAUAACGACAACGGAAGAAAACGCUGAAAUUACGACUGCGUUCACACCUCCAACUGUUCCAACGGGUACUCCCAUCAUACCGACAGUGCCAACAGGAACACCUCUAACAACAGAGCAACCGCCAAUAACCACAACGACGGAGGAUCCAGAAGAAGCCUCUUCUUCAACGGCGGAAACUCCGGAGCCUGAGACGACGACAGAGCAACCUACAGAAGCUGUCACGACGGAGGAUCCAGAAGAAACCUCUUCUUCAACGGCGGAAACUCCGGAGCCAGAGACGCCGACAGAGCAACCUACAGAAGCUGUCACGACGGAGGAUCCAGAAGAAGCCUCUUCUUCAACGGCGGAAACUCCGGAGCCAGAGACGCCGACAGAGCAACCUACAGAAGCUGUCACGACGGAGGAUCCAGAAGAAGCCUCUUCUUCAACGGCGGAAACUCCGGAUCCAGAGACGCCGACAGAGCAACCUACAGAAGCUGUCACGACGGAGGAUCCAGAAGAAGCCUCUUCUUCAACGGCGGACACUCCGGAGCCAGAGACGCCGACAGAGCAACCUACAGAAGCUGUCACGACGGAGGAUCCAGAAGAAAACUCUUCUUCAACGGCGGAAACUCCGGUGCCAGAGACGCCGACAGAGCAACCUAACGUAUGCAUUAUAAAAAAGAGAUAAAAUUUGAAUGGUGAUAAAAAAUAAACUAUGACAGAUAAUUGAGAUCUGUAAAUUACA